UUAAAGCAGGCAGAACUCGUUUCGGAGCCGUCUCAUGUCACUCCCGUCAGCCGGCAGACCAUACGUCGCCAGAAUGCCUAUACGGAUAAGACCAUAUACGCUGGUAUGAGUGCACCUCUCUUUAGCCCACCUUGCAGCAGCCGCGACUGCACGCCACUGCGGGAGAAGCCAAUGAUGUAGAGGCGGUCGUUUGCAGUCAUGCCGUGCUUCAUGAGAUACUCCAGCGCUUGAAAGACAUGUUCAGUGACCUGCAUGGCAUCAAACACCAGACGUGUGUCUCCGUUCCUCUGUCCUUCCUUACGCGAAGCCCGGUCAUGAAAGACAGAGUGUCGGUGUACUCAGCAAGCUUCUCAGCCACCGGUUUCACCAGCUUGUCGGACAUCGCCUUCCAAUAGUUCUCUUCCAGCACCUCGGUGAUGCAUUUGCCUUGUUCGUGCUGCUCUCUGUACGCCGUCUUCGCCUCCGUGCCAGGCCCCGACCAGUACCUGACGUACUGCUCACGCCCGUCUGGCCCCUUCUGGUGACAUUCCCUCUCGUCGGCUGAAGCUCCACAGGCCGCCCAGAAGAUCUCUGCUACACUCGUGAAGGGCCAGACGUCCCGAAACCCUUCGGUUGUGAUGUUCUUGUCCUGGCCGGCGCCAUCAAAAAGGACGAUGAAGUUUCGGGGUCUUUCGGGCUGCCCCAGCGCAUCCUGGGCGACCUCUGCACAGAAAAGAGGGUGGUGCUGCUGAUGCUGACAUGCACCAAGUCCUCUCACUCCUCUCACCACGUGCCAUGGAGCAGGAGCACGUGAGAACCAGUAAAAGCAU